AUUAAAAUAAUUAUUUUUUNAAGAAUUUUAUUUAUAUUAAUGACCCAUCCAAUUCUUAUAUUAAUUUCAUUAAUUUUAUUAACAUUAUUUUUAGCUAUAACAUUUUACUUUUNUUUUCAAAUAUCAUUAAUUUCUCUUCUCAUAGUUUUAAUAAUUCUAGGGGGAAUACUAAUUAUUUUUAUAUAUAUAAUUAGAUUAUGCCCCAACCAAAAANUAAAUCUUAAUAAUAAAUUUAUUUUAAUUUCAAUUUUAUUAUCAAUUCCUAUUUCAAUUCCAUUAAUUAAAAUAAAUUUAGAAAUUUUNCAAAUUAAUAAAAUUUAUAAUAUACUUUUUACUAACAUAUUAAUUUUAAUAAUAAUUUUUUNAAUUAUCUCUUUAAUGGUAAUUUCAAAAAAUUUAAAUUGAAUUAACUGCCCAAUUAAAAANUAUAUUUAA